UAUUUUUUUGGGUGCCUUGACCGCUGGAUAUGUUCAAAUUGCACAACGUAGGGCGCUCCCAGAGCUCCGUGAACUCGGUGGCACGCCACGACAUGACGUGACACGAUGACGUUCGAUGGUCGCCGUCACGAAGUGUGCGAAUCUUCUCGUCAGAGUCCAACGGCUCGCCAUCAAAAAUGUGGUCGUCAUUGGCUGCUCAUUGAUUGUCAUUGUGUUCCAGCUGUCAAGAUCAAGAGAUCAAGGUCCACCGAGCCGACAGAAAUGCCGCGUCGAGCAUGGUCUUGUCGCAUUGCAGCCAGCCUCGCUUUGUAUCGAUGCCACGACCAGAAGUUCUCGAUCCGAUGCACUGAUAUGAGUUGCGCCCUGCUCAUGAACAAUCCAUCGAACCAUUCCAAGCGUAUCCUGCGGACCUUUCUGCGGGUGCGCUGCACUCAAAGUCCACCAUGGCUCCACCAAUGAUGAAAUGAUGGUGGUGCUUCGACUAUCAAGACUUCAAUGACUUCAAGUAGUCCAGAUAUGCCUGGUGCAUCUCGUGCCCUUCAGGCGCAAACGCUAGAGCCAUUCAUGUCAUAUUGCCAGGCGCCAAGGCUGAGACCAGAAGUGCUCUUCUGCACCUGCAAGCAGUGGCAGGUGAUUCUUCAGCGUCAUUCAAUCCUAAAAAGACCUCAAAUGUCCAUCCUCGAUUCCUCCCAGCCGAGACCAGCGUAGCUUCCGAUCAUCGCCAUGACAAGGAGGUGAGGCUUCCGACGGCCGAUCCCACCAUCAGAUGCGUGAGCCUGCUUUCAUGAUGCCUGUCCUCAACCUUCACACUUAAUGACACUUAAUGACACUUCAUGACCUGAAACGCUGGAGAGAAAGCAGCCUCCAACGCCGCAUUCAAGUGCCUUUGCCUCGCGCAUUGUUUCUCAGCCGCUUGCGCCUUCAACGUGGCAGUUUCCUGCGAACUCUUCAGCCUUGUGCACAGCGACUUCUUCGGCUCACAGCUGCUUGGGCUCCACCGGCUCCGGCGUGGGGUUUCCUGUCUUCCUGUCUUCACUGCAAUGCCGCAGCUUCUAAAGUGCGGCAUUUUUUGCAGCCCAUCUUUUCAGAAUCCGUGGAGACCAAAUAUUCACAGCUUGCACUGUACUUCAGGCGCUGG